UUAAAAAGUCAGUGAGUGGAAACUUGUUUUCAGGGCACUAUUACGAAUCAGUUUAUUUUCCACCUUCUGUUUUCAGUUUAGUUUUACUCGAAUGUAAGUCGCAUACAGCUUCGUGAAUACGUUUAGAUUGGUGCUUCAUGGCUGAGUGGGCAUUUUAUGUCACAAAAGGGUGUCAGGCUCGGUUUUGUCUGGCCUGUGGAAGCUCUUACUCGGGUUACCACAGAAAGUAGAUUGUGCAUGGCAGGUUUCUGCUCCAGCUCUGCACGACAUUGUUUGCUUUGCCUACGCGCAAGCCUUGCUGCUAGAAGCUGGUGUCUUUGUGCAUAUUGCACUGGGCGGGAUAUUUAAAAAAAAAAAAAAAAAAAACAUGCAGCAGGGUUGCAACAUAUUGAGGGCGCAGAUAAAAAGAGAAGGCGAGUGGGACUGAGUGACGGUGCUGUGUCAGGCGUGGGGAGUAAUGGACAGUUGCUCAGUGGCUGAUUGUGCCGAAUGACGCUUCUAUCAGGGUAGCUCAGGCUCAUCCAAAUCCCAGAUUACACCCCCCCCCCCUUCCUUCUCCUCCUUCUCCUCAUCAUCCUCCUCCCGGAGCAGGAGCAGCACUGCCUUCCCUCUCUUGCUCCCUCCUCCUGCAACUGUACUGAGUGUGGAUUAGCGAGCUGCAAGGCAAAGCUGGGGCUCCGGCCAAAAUGGUGAGGUGGUUCCACCCAAACAUCACUGGCAUCGAGGCGGAGCAGCUCCUCCUGUCGCGAGGUGUUCACGGCAGCUUCCUGGCUCGACCGAGCAAAAGCAACCCAGGAGACUUCACGCUUUCUGUCAGGCGGAAUGAUGAAGUCACUCACAUUAAGAUCCAGAACUCUGGCGAUUACUACGACCUGUAUGGAGGGGAGAAGUUCGCCACUCUGGCCGAGCUGGUGCAGUAUUACAUGGAACAGCACGACCUACUGCGAGAGAGGAACGGCGACGUUAUCGAGCUCAAAUAUCCUCUCAACUGCAAAGACCCCACGUCUGAGAGGUGGUAUCAUGGCCAUCUGUCAGGCAGAGACGCAGAGAAGCUCCUCACGGAGAAAGGCAAGCCGGGCAGCUUUCUGGUGAGGGAGAGUCAGAGCAAACCCGGAGACUUUGUGCUAUCUGUGCUCACUAAUGAGGAAAAACAUGAAAAUGUGGACCGCAAGACAAAGGUCACCCACGUCAUGAUACGCUACCAGGAUGUGAAGUAUGAUGUGGGUGGAGGGGAGAGGUUUGACACACUAACAGACUUGGUGGAGCACUAUAAAAAGAACCCAAUGGUGGAGAAGAGCGGGAUUGUAGUGCACCUUAAGCAGCCGUUCAAUGCCACUCGGAUAAACGCAGCCAACAUUGAGAACCGGGUGCGAGAGUUAAACAAAGUGGCAGACAAUUCUGAAAAACCCAAGCAAGGCUUCUGGGAAGAGUUUGAGAUGCUACAGCAACAGGAAUGCAAACUGCUGUACCCCAGAAAAGAAGGCCAAAGAGCUGAGAAUAAGAGCAAAAACAGAUAUAAGAACAUUCUACCAUUCGACACCACCCGGGUUACGAUCAGCGAAGCAGAUCCCGACGUGCCCGGCUCUGACUACAUCAAUGCCAACUACAUCAGAAGCGUGCAGGAAGAGGGCCGUCAUGGGGACGAAGGCAAAGUGUUCAUUGCUACUCAGGGCUGCCUCCAGAACACAGUGCUGGACUUCUGGAAAAUGGUCUAUCAGGAAAACACUCACGUUAUUGUCAUGACGACUAAGGAGAUGGAGCGAGGCAGGAAUAAAUGUGUACGCUACUGGCCAGACACAGGCACAACAAAGGAGUUCGGGAACGUGUGUGUGAGGAACAUGGAGGAGCAGGCUGCUCAGGACUACAUUCUCAGAGAGCUGGAGGUCACACGUACAGAUCGGAAGGAGGCUUCCCGGUUUAUCUGGCACUUUCAGUACCUGAGCUGGCCUGACCACGGCGUGCCCAAUGAACCCGGAGGAGUCCUUAACUUUCUUGAGCAGGUCAAUCGAACUCAGAACUCCAUUCCAAACACCGGACCUGUCAUAGUCCACUGCAGCGCAGGGAUCGGAAGAACAGGCACAAUAAUUGUGAUCGACAUCCUUAUUGAUAUCAUAAAUAGACAAGGCCUGGACUGUGACAUCGACGUCCCUAAGACCAUCCAGAGGGUGCGUCAGCAGCGAUCCGGCAUGGUCCAGACCGAAGCUCAGUACAAGUUCAUCUACAUGGCUGUACAGCAAUAUAUCGACACGGCACAGAAGAGACUGGAGGAGGAGCAGAGGAAUAAGACAAAGGAAAGAGAGUACUCCAAUAUCAAGUACCCUCAGAUGACAAAUACGAGGGCCAUGCCCAACAUGAGCUCCUCUCGCUCUUCACCUGUAAUGAAUGAUGAAACAUCCAGUGUGUACGAAAACGUACACAUCAAAACCCCAAAGAGCUCAGUCUGCACAAACUCCAGGAGAUAGGGCUCGGGGCUGCUGCCUCACACUUUCUCUGUUAGAGGUGCUAUGUGCAGGCACUUGGCUGUGAGGUGGACACUCACUGGUGUGUUGGAGAUGUGAUUGGUGGACCCUGAGAGCUCCGCAGCUCCCCUUCAGUCCUUCCUCGCCGACUGACUCGCUGUCAAAGUGCCUGAUCCGCUACAAACAGCCAGAGCAGAGCUGCCUCGGUGCUUCUCCCUCUAGUCUGAUAAGCCGGCACAGUUCUACCUACCUAGCGCUCAGCAACAUGAUCACUUGUAAACAGACUAAGACUGUUAAACAGGACUAAACUCUAGGUUUCAGCUUUGUUCUGUCCACACUCUGUAUGCCUGCUGCCAGACCAUGUGCUGUCCUAAAGCCCUCUGUUGUGUUUCACUAAUAGUUAGUGCUUUGCUGUGGGAGGGACACGGCGAAGCGAUCCGAAUGUAUACAGCAGAAGAUCUUACCAAGCUUGCACGCUUAAUAAUGUAAAAAUAAAAAUAAAAAAAAAAACAGCUAGUCUAAACAUCUGAGAUGUUCCUAAUGUCAUUGUUAGCUAACAGCAAAAAACGGGUGACUUUUUAAAGUGGUACAUGUCGUAGCUAGAUUUAUAAUGUGCCAAUAAGCAGGCUGCAUUUUAUGCUUUGGUAAAAAGUUUCCGAUGUGACGCUUUGCAAAGCCUCAUCCUGUACUGAUUAUAUACAGGGUCACAUGCUACAGUAGGUAUUAAUGGGCUCAUAGACCAAUCAGCUUCUGUGUUUGAAUUUUUUUUUUUUUUUUUUUCUUGUUUUGUUUUUCCCAGCAGGCAUGGCUUCAGAAGUAUUUUAUAGAGUAUCUUGUUGUAAAAAGUUUCAGUAGUUCAACAAUAACACUGAUUAUUUCUCCUAUGUUCCUGUAUAUCUAUAAUUGAUUUCUUGCAACACAAUCAUAAAUGACAUUUUUUGACAGAUAUAGGAAUCUUUGAACAUAAAAAAAUGUCAUUUAAUUCUUAUUCCACAUUCUCAGAGGAAGAUCAGUAACCUUUUUGAUUGAUAUUCAGGGUUUGUGUAUUACAAAUGUGGUGAUAAACAGGCAUUCAGGGAUUGUGAGUUGUUCAGGGAUUGCUAUAUUUCAUCAGAAGCGGGUCAAGGGGUGAUUUGAGAGGUGUGUGAGUCACGACGAGUUCAUAAAAGUUGUGGUGUUCAGUGAGAGGACAGGUCAGCGUGAUGGUCAGGUCACUUGUAUACACAAUCUUCAGUGCAGAUUGAAGUACUCCAGAUGGCCCGAGACUAAGGAUACAGAAUAGGUUUUCCUGUGAAAAAGCAAUUUGCGAAAUGCUGGUAAUCCACACAGGAUGAUUGGAAGAAACCAGCAUGACUUGUGAUGUCAAAAUGAGUGCGAUCUUAUAGGAGCUGCAUGCUGGUCUGAGAUUCUGUAUGCUUAAAAUAACUCGGGUUAUAAUGGGUCGGAUUAAUCACUGUCUGCAUCCAUGAAACAUGUCCAUGGUUUUUGUGAAGACUAUAUGAGAAGGAAGAUGAUUUGAUGGCCCUGUUUUUAUUCGGAUCCAACCCAGCUGUGGUUUAUAUUACUAUAUAUAGUGCCCUCAGGAAAAAAAAAAAAAGAUUGUAGAAAUUAGAAUACUGUGCAGAGUCUUGAGCAAACCCUAAUUUCUUCGUAUUUUGCUUCCAAAGAACCAGACAUUCUUGUAUUUUAAAUGUUGACUUGAGGAAUAGUUUUCCAGGCUUUGGCUUGUUUUUGUUUUACAUUUUUUAACCAGUCCCUGUACCUGAUCAGUUUCAGACAAGUGUUUUUGGUG